UCACCUCGAGGCGCCGUUGGGUGUCGCUGUGACUCCUGAAGCGCCUUCACAUCAACAGCCGAAGAAGAAGAAGAACAGUACACGUGAGAGCCAUGCCGAAAUCCAAGAGAGAUAAGAAGGUGUCUUUAACCAAAACAACCAAGAAGGGGUUGGAAUCAAAACAAAAUCUAAUCGAAGAGCUGCGGAAAUGUGCAGACAUCUACAGAAACGUGUUUGUAUUCUCAGUAGAGAACAUGAGAAACAACAAACUCAAAGACAUCAGGACAGCCUGGAAACACAGCAGGUUUUUCUUUGGCAAGAAUAAGGUGAUGACAAUUGCUUUGGGUAAAGGACCUACAGAUGAAUAUAAAGAUAAUCUGCACAAGGUGAGCAGGUUUCUAAGAGGUGAAGUUGGUGUGCUGUUCACAAACAAAACCAAAGAUGAAGUGCAAGAGUAUUUCAGUCAUUUCAAAGAGAUGGAUUACGCCCGUGCGGGUAACGUAGCGACCAUGGCCGUGACGCUGGAUGAAGGGCCGUUGGAUCAGUUUCCACACUCUAUGGAGCCUCAGUUGAGACAGCUGGGACUUCCUACAGCUUUGAAGAAAGGUGUGGUGACGCUUAUAAAGGAUUUUGAAGUGUGUAAAGAGGGAGACACGCUCACUCCUGAACAAGCUCGAAUUCUGAAACUCUUCGGAAUGGAGAUGGCAGAAUUCAAAGUGACGAUCAAGUGCAUGUGGAACUCUGAAUCCGGUGACUUUAAAAAGCUGACAGAGGGUGAGGAUGACAAAGAAUCAGAGGAAGAAGAAGAAGAUGAUGAUGAUGAUGAUGGAAGUGACUAAACUUAGACCCAGAUGAAAUGGACUUUUACAUGAACAUUUUCCCUGUUUGCGUAUACCCUACAAAAAUGCACAAACGUGUAUUUACUCAGUGAUUUCCCAUUUCUGUCACAGUCGUGACUCGUGAGAAACCGUUGGAUUUAGUUGUGCAUUUUUUGUUAGUGAACAGCACCUGAUUCCUAUAUUGUAUAAUAUAAAUAUAGGGUGUUGUAUGGCAAACAUACAGGUAAUGUUAUUCUUACAGGAGUAAAUGAUUGUAUUUGUGAACAGAGGAAAAAGUGCCCAUCCAGAUUUGCCACUUUACAAUUUUAUUGCAUUUUCAUGCAAGUGUGUACUGAAACAAAACAGGUGAAAAUAUCAAGAACUUGUCUCCUAGUAGUCUUUAAGCUGAGACGCUUGAAGGCUUUUUCUGUUUGAGGUUAUUAAUGAUCAGAUUUAUUACUGUUUAUUGAUACAAAGUUAUUAGAAUUGCAAAA